AUGUUCGAUGGAUCACUUGUCCAUUUCAUGGGUACAUGUAAAUACACCUUGUCCCGCUACGACAAGAAGGGGGAUUCGUGCUCUUACGCAGUGGAGGUGAAAAACGAACGAAGAGAAGGGAAUAAGCAUGUGUCGUACACACGCUUAGUUGACGUGGACGGUAAAAAUGUGUAUCUCCCAUACAAGACAGACCAGUUUCAGAUAAUGUUAAGCGGCAGAUAUGUUCGGUUGGAAACCAGGUGUGGACUUGUGGUUCAAUUUGAUGGUAAAUAUAUCGCUGACAUCUCGGUUCCUAACGUGUACGGAAAUGACUUAACUGGAAUGUGUGGUAAUUGUGACGAAAAUCCAACCGACGAUCUGAAGGACUUUACACAGUUUGAGGUCGUGGAUGAUUCUGACCUUAAACUUGAACACUGUAUAGAAGAAGAGAGUUUCCAUCCAUGUGCAAAACAUCCAACAUAUAGGAUAGCUGGAGAAAGACAAUCUGUCUGCAGAAUAAUGAACCCAGCAAAUACUGCGCAAAAUCCCUUCUCCAAGUGUUUCACGAAUUCCCAACAGGAUGCAGAGCUUCUCUUCGGAUCGUGUGUAUACGACUACUGUGCAUUCAGGUAAGGUAUAUAG